UCUUGCAAAUUAUAGUAAGGCAAGGGGCAGCUGUAAAAAGCAUGUAGUUUAAAAACGUUUAAAUAUUUUUCUCUGCGUUUAAUAGAUUAUUGUUUGAAAACCUAAGCUGCUUUUGAAUUUUCGAUUAACCUGUUGUUUUUUAAUGAAUUAAAUAAGUCAUAAAUUGGUCUACCUUUCAUCGGAUAAAUGGAAACACGUGAUAACGACUCACCAGAGCCUGUUUAUGUGAAUGUGACAAGGGAGGGAAGUAUUCAAGAUGACUUCGGCAUGCAGCUCGAACCACCAGAGGACGGAUCUACAGUACAACAUCCGCCAAACGGUGGUCUGCGAGCCUGGCUGAUAGUACUGUCAUGUACAGGUAUCAAUGCAUUAUUAGCUGGAGGACUGGUUUUACUAUCUUAUUGUCUGACAUCUAUGUCAAAUGAUACCGAUAUACCUUCAGGGACGCUACAAGAAAUUUCUUUUGAGUACCUUGCGCUCAUCCAAAUGUACAGUGCUCUUGCGGCAAUUGUAAUGAUUAUUCUUGGUUAUCGUGUGACUAUCGCUAUUGGGGCUGGCCUUUUGAUGGUAACGUUUAUCAUUUUGUCAUACCUGGAAGGUAACGAAGGCUUGAUAAAAUUCCUGAUGUAUGGACCAGUUGCAAUUGGGGCCAGCUUCAUUCAGUUUGGAGGGUUUAUUCCGGUUCUGGAAUAUUUUACAACGAAGAGAAUGGCGGCUUUAUUCCUUGCCAGAUUAGGAGCGUUCAUUGGAUCUAUAGUCCCUGUUAUAAUUUAUAUUGUUGUGCCAGAAAAGAUCACAGCUAAGUGGAGGGAUGUUUUAAGGGGUUCUACAGGGAUAUGUGUUGGUAUAGGGCUUCUUGGUAUGACCCUUAAAGAGCUCAAACUCACUAUGAGAGAUGACGAGUCAACAACAUUUGUACAGAGAACUUUUGGAGUUUUUAAGAAAAACAUUCUCAAAAAUGUACUCCUGUGGUGCACCUGUAUUGUAUACUUCUUCUACCAGUGGGGUAUUGAAACACCCAAAGCAGAGUUGUCGACGUCUUUGUUAAGACUUGACUUGGGUGACAGCCUCUCUAAAAUACUGAGCUAUGCCUUAUGUCCCUAUGUCGGUUUGGCUCUUGGGACGUUUUUGGCAUGGUUAUUUAAUAAAAUGGCAUUUCAACAAAAAAGUCGGUUGUAUAUGCUAAACCUAGAAGAUAAACGACUUACUAUCAUAUUUGGUGUUUUGGCGGCUUCGACAUUUCUCUCAAGCAUUGGAUGUUUUAUUGCUCCAAGUGUAUUAGACUUCGGCUAUUUUACAACAUUUAAUCUACUUUUUUCAUCAUUUAAUGCAUUUUGUGAAGGCGUCAGAGACAGUUCUGUUCCGGACGUUUUUGGGAGAGAGAAUACAAAAAUCGUUGAAGGACUCAUUAUAAUGUCAUCUGGAAUUGGUGGAAUUAUAACCAGUGAAAUUGGAGGAGCGAUGGACAAUGGGGACGAUAAUGACUGGAAGAAAAUAUUCCGAUAUGGAGGCGGCAUGUUGCUUGUAUCAUCUGUUGUUACUAUUGCUGUCUUCGUUGCAGACAAAAUCAAAGCACUAGAUGUGAUUCAUGCCAAAAUUCCUGGAAACUCUAACGUUCCUUUACGACCCUUUAACAAUGAAAGGAUUGAGAAUAGGAGAAACAGCAAAGAGCACGGUGCUACGUCUGGUGUACAUAACAAAGGCUUUGAAUAAUUAAAUGUCUUCAGCAAAUGUCGAACGAACCAUAUAUUCAUUAUACUAUAAGUUUCGUAUUUAAACAGAAAUAUAGUUUAUCAUAAAACUUCUUUAUACUUUAUUAUGUACACAGAUUGAUAGUUUCGAACUUUUUAUCCGUCUUGAGUACAGUCAAAGAUUAGAUAAAUAAUAGUUUUCCUUUAAAAAGAAGUCGCUUAUUUUUUAUUAAUUCAUAUAAAGAUUAUUUUAUCUCAUGAACGACUAUAUAAAAUACAUGUUAAGUACCCAUGUAGUGCACGGUUAGUUGUAUUAAUGGAUAAAACGUGCCCAUCUUUUGACACAGCUAACAUAUAUUUCACUAUAACAGUUCUAUCCUAAUCUAUUACACUGAGCAUGCGGAAAACUGGUAGUUAUGUCAAUUCAAAUUUACAUUAUGCAUUUUUCCCUAUGAUUAUAAUUACACUAUGCUCAUAUUUCAAACAUUAUACAUUUACCGCCGAAAUUUUCUUGAGCAAAAUAUACUAUUUUGCGUUUAGCCAGUGAAGUAUUACAGUUUAUUCAAACAGACUAGUUUUUAUGUUUGUUUCUAAAAGAUUCUAGUACAUGUACUUGACAAUUAAUCUUUUUGUGUGUAUGCAGAUUUUUGGCAAACUCAGUGUUAAUUGAUGUUUUUUGAUUGUAUGUUUGUUUGGUUAUAUGUUUUGUUGUUGUUGUUGUGUUGUUGUAGUAUCGCUGAUGCCUGCAGCAAUCUGAUUAUUAACUUGGUUGUAAAUUUAUUUGUGCAUAGUCAUGAAUUACAAUUCGUUCAAAUUCUUCAAGUUUCUUGAGGCUUUUUUAAUGAUUUGUAAAAGUAUAUGAAUCUGGAGAAAUAAACAAAACUAUGAAUUCAUAUAAUUAUCAAGAUUCUGCUUUUGAGGUAGUUACUUCAUUUUCGUAUUUCGGUCUUUUAUUUAGCACGGGUUUCUUUCUAACAACAUGUGAAACAUUAAGUGGUCAGGCUUCAAAUUAAAAUCAUAUAAAGCUAAUUCCCUUGUCUUACGUUAAGCCAUCGUUUAACUCAAUUUGAUAAACUUAUUUUACCCAUCUUAAGUUAUGGUAGUAAGGUGUGGGGUUUAUAUAAUUUAGAAAAAUAAAACGAGCUGGUUUACAACUUUGAAAACAUUAACAAUGGAGACAGGUCCCAAACACAAAAUAAUUUUAUAUAUGGUGAACUGUGCGCACAAGUUUAUCUAAUAAUUAGUAGGUGUUGUACGUUAUUGAUUAAAGUAAUUGUAAGUCAUAUAAAUAUGUAUAUUAAAAAUAUAUUGCUUAAUGUUGAAUGGUUUAGAAAUACAUCCCCAAAAUAAUUUUUUGGCUAAACUUGUUAAAGAAUUGUUUGAAAGUUUAUGUUUUAAUAAGAUAUGGUUGUUUCAGGAAGAAGGAAAUACCCCUUUAUUAUUCUUUUUUUUAAAGCGGACUUACUGAUGGUUUUAUUCAAAAUUGAAAUUGUCAAAUACAAGGGUUAUAUAGAGUAAGAACAUAUAAUUUAAUUGCAGACUUUAAAAUUUCAGCCGCGUUUAGAUAUUAUUAAAAACUGCAUUAUUAAGGCGAAGGGUCUAGGUGCACAGAUUAGAAAAAGAAAUAGACAGAUGGCACGAACCUUUAUUCGUAAAUGUUUAAUCUGUAGAGCAUUAGAGGAUGAAGUUCAUGUGUUACUAGAGUGUUCUUUAUAUUGAUCUACACAAACGUUGUAUAAAAGAAUGUAUUUGGAGAAAUGUUAAAGCUUUUAAACAAUGAUUACAAAGUCGUUAUUCAGAAAUUAUCAUUGUAUGUUUAUGAAAAGCAUAAACUAGAAUGGAAUUUUUGAACCGAAUUAUGUAAAAAUGUAUAGAUAUGUACAUGUAUAAGCAUUGAAUUAUCUUUUAUCAUACAUAUAUCCUAGUAUGUUAUUGUUGAAAUUGUAAUAUUUUAAGUGACAAGAAAUUCUCCCCCUGGUAAUGUAAAACAUGUAAAUUAAAUGUUAAUAACCUGUGAAUUAAGAUCAGUUAUAUAUGUUUUGACAGGUGAUUGUUGAAAAGGUCAUAUUUCUGAUUACCAUUUUUAUUCAAAUACUGUUUAAACUGCCUUUUGUGGAGAUAUUUGAUUUAUGAAACUUUUUGCGCGUUAAUGUAUUUAGAUAAAUUAUUUAAAUGAUGGACACAUUAUCUCCUAUUUCUGAAUAAAGUAUAAGACUUAUUACUAUUAUUAUCAUAACUUAACAACAAAUAACGAGUACAUUUCUGUCAAUUCAAAUUAUUGUAAUAACAACCGGUAAAUAAAAGGUAAAUAACACACAUACAUAUCAUUUCUUGGUCAAACUAUGCAAAACGUUAGCCAAUUAAUAAAUAAGUUGUAUUCUUUGUACUUUUGGUUCUGUUUUUCAGCUUGGCAUUAUAUACAUGUAC